UCAGAAGCAAAAGCGGACGCUGAGUUGCAUAUCGGCCGUACCGGUGCUCCUUCCCUGUUUUCUCGCAUCUUCACCGCUCUCUUCCCUUUUGAUCCUCGACCGCACAAGGGUGCGCCAUGCGUGACUGCAGCUCCAUCACUCCCACACAGUGAUCUCGAAGAUUUCAAUCGAAGGCAGUGCAAUUCAACGAUCAUGGCUGGCUGGAUCUCCUCCAAACUUAAAGUCGCCGAAACAUUCCUUCAACAGAUUGAUCAGCAAGCAGCAGAGUCGCUGGGGAAGAGUGAGAAGCCACAUGCGAAUGAGCUGAAUUAUGUCAGCCCUCCUAGAUCUGGCGGUGUUGUGCCUUUGAAGGAUCAGCUGAAGAAAAGAACUCCGGAAGCUGAUGAUGUUAUUGGUAAAUUACGCAGUGAUCCUAAUUUCAAUUUAGUCAAUAAUUGUGACCGUGAUAAGGAAAUUUCAAAACCCCUCUCGAAUUCCAAGUCUAUUACUGAUAGUGAUUGGACUGAACUGCUUAGUUCGGCCAAUCAGUCAAAGCCUUCCACAUCAAAUCGUGUGCCUGCAAUUCGUGGUGUGAGGAAAGAUGGUAGGAAGCAAGGGAGCUCGGGCUCAAAUUUGUUGGGAUUGGAGGCCAGGAGGAACCAAAAGAGUAACAAUAAUGUUGUUAAGUUGGUGCAGAGGUCGGACAUUGUGAAUGGCAGUUUGUCAGAUGGGAAGCUAAGUGAUGGGGAAGAGUCUAGGAUAUCUAGUGUGGAAUUGCAAACUGAUGGAAACUUUCGUGAAGGACAAGAAGUUGACUGCAAGUCUUCAGGUUCGGACUCUAUGGCGGAACCAAAGCAUGAUACCAAUCAAGAAAGCAAUGGUGUAUUAUAUUUUAUUGGGGAUGGAGCAAAGCUACAUUCUAGGGAUGUUUCUCAGGAGGUAGUUUCACAGUCUGAUAAUAAAAAUGAUCCAUUAGAACUGGUUUUGGAGUCAGGUAUUGCUGAUAAGCCCAAAGCAGCAAUGGAGAGUUCUGUCACUGAGGAUAUGAAUGGACGUUCUUCUUCAGCCAGUGAUGCAGGGUCCGAUUCGGAUUCAGAUUCAGGUUUGACUUCUGAUUCAGAAAGUGAUCAUGAGAAAGAGGAGAGAAAAAAGAGGAGGGAGAAGAUUAUGGCUGAGAGAGUGGCCGCAAAAGCUGUUGGGGCGAUCAAAGAGCAUGAAAAUGUGGUUGCUCGAUUGGAGGGGGAGAAGCAGAGCUUGGAGAAAAUACUUGAGGAACGGGCCAAGCAGCAGGCAGAAGAGGCUUCAGAACUGCAAACAAGUACGAUGGAAAUGAUUGAAGCUGUUGAGAAAGAGAAGGAGAAACAUAAUAAUACCAGAAUGGAAGUCCUUGCACGAUUAGCUAAACUUGAGACUGCAAAUGCUGAUCUUGCAAGAUCCCUUGUUUCUGCACAGUGGAAUCUUGAAGUAGAGGUUAAUAGAGUGGCAGAACUUCGACAACAACUUGGGUUGAAACAAGCAUCCCACGAAGAACUCAAGAGGAGGAUCUCCCAUACUCGCCAAACUGGAACAUCUCUAAUCCAGUUGGCUGCUUCAAAAGGAGUUGAGUUUGAACAGGAGAUACUUGAGGCAGAAUGCUCCUUCAUAACUGAUGAAAUUGGGCAACUGCAAGAUAAGGCAAAGAAGCUCGAAGCAGACAUUGAAAUGACACGGAAGGAGAUGGAGAAUCCUACUGAAGUAGAAGUUGAACUCAAGCGAAGGCUUGGUCAGCUUACCGACCAUUUAAUUCAGAAACAAGCACAGGUCGAGGCUAUUUCCUCAGAGAAGGCAAUGCUGCUGUUCAGAAUAGAGGCUAUCUCAAGGUUGCUGGAAGAAAACAAGUCAGUGCUGAAUGUCUCUGAUGUUUCGAGUACCUCCUCAAGGUUUGAUUUAGAAUCUGGAAAAUGGGACCUAUCCAAUUCAAAUCUGAUGCCUCAGUUUGAAGACAGAAUUCGUUCAGGCAAACAACAUUUAGGGUCCCUGCUUCGACAAUUGGAUGCUAUUUUUUCUGCGGGGGCUGUGUUUCUACGGAAAAAUUCGACAGCAAGACUAUGGUCUGUGGUUUACCUUGUAUGCCUUCAUGUAUGGGUCAUUUAUAUUCUUUUAUCUCACUCUCAAGCAUCAGAUGGGGGCAGACCCGGUGCUGUCAUUUCCUUGGAGAACAUCAAUAACACUGCUGGUAUCUGAAUUCCUUUUACCUUGUGGUGUUUACCUGUCUCUGCAUUUUUUUAUUUUUAUUUUUCCAAUAUUUAGUUUGGCCUCAGCUUUUGGGAGGCCCUUGUUGCCAGGGGGGUUUCGUGCAUUUUUCGCCCCUGGCCAAUACCACAACGAAUCUGUAGAUUUGUAUUUGCAAAUCAAUGUAUAUCUAUUUAUCCAUUCAUCUAA